AUUAUUAUUAUUAUUAUUUGAUGCGUGGAAGAAGAGUUGAGUCGCCUAAGAAAGAUAGCAAUGGCGGCAGGCACACACUACUGUGCCUCUCUGUUCCUUCGUCCUCUCUCUUCUUUCCAACCUAUUCACUUCCCCGGCUUCAAUCCUCCUUCAAUUAGGUCAAGGUUUUCUGGUGCAUCUGUUGCAGUGGUAGUACCAAGGCUUCCCCGUCGGGCUUUUAGAGCACAAGGGUUAGUGGGUGAUGAUUCUGUCACUGCCCCACAACCAGAAUCAAACAAUUCUGAAGAAGCGGGUGCUAGUAUUGACCUAAGUCUUCCAAGAAGAAGUUUGCUUGUACAAUUUACAUGUGACUUGUGUGGUGAAAGAACUAAGAGGCUUGUAAACCGAUUAGCUUAUGAAAGGGGUGCUGUUUUUGUACAGUGUGCAGGAUGUCUACGGCAUCACAAAUUAGUUGACAAUCUUGGACUUAUUACGGAGUAUGACUUUCGGGAGAAAAUAAACAUGGACUCAGAAAUUGAUCAAGUUUGAUGUAAUAGCUCACAAGUAGAGAUCUUUAUGUGACAUUUCUUGAUUAUUUCCAUAAUUCAAAAAUUCAUAUCCAUUAAUAUUUGUGAGCAAAGAUCACAACAAAAAUAAAAAGAAAGAAUCAUAGGUAUAGAUUCUCAUAAUUAAGAUCUAUACACGUGAAAUGAUUUUAUAUUUUGCAAACCAAAUAACUCAAUAACUCCUCAGAGCAAACGAUGGUCACUACGAGAUUGCUAGCAGCUGUAGCUAGUGACAGCUAGCAAAACAGCAAUAGCAAGUCCAGCUGUCGUCCAUAUGUUUCUCCCAUGCUGGUGGUUUGAUGGUGCACCAUUCUGUGAAGAAUUACCAAAAAAGAAACACGAGAUGGUCAAAACAAUGCGAUGCUGAUGAGAUGUUUUAGUGAAUUUGAUUCACAAUUGUAUAUAACUGUAAUGUAAUUUGAUAUUUCACUGGUCAAAGAUAUUACCAGAUUCAGACUUGGUGCUGGUGCCGGUGUUGUGUCUGCAUCUGCUGUGGUAUCAGGUGGUGCUGGGGGACUCUUGCGAAUAAUUGUUGGGGCUGGAGCUGGUGCUUGAUGUCUCCUAUGCUUGUGCCUAUGUCUUCUCCUAUGCUUGUGGGAUGGUGCUGGUGCUGGUACUUCUAUUACGGGUGCUGGUGCUGGCGGUGAAGGAACUGGCGAUGGUGUUGGUGCUGGCUUUGUGGGUGCAGGUGCAGGGGCUGGGGUUGCCUUUGCUGGUGCAGGGGCUGGUGGUGCUUUAGCUGGUGUUGGGGAUAUCUUUGGUGGUGGUAAUGGUGGUGGUGAAGCAACAGGUGGUGGUGUUAGUGGUGGUGGCGAUGCAGGAGUUACAACAGGUGAAAUUUUUGGCGGUUGGGGUGGUGGAAUUUGAGGUGGUGGGGCUUUUGGGCUUGAAGCAGGUGCAACCUUGGGAGCUGGUGGUGUCACAGGAGCAGGCUUGGGAGCCACAUUGGCAGGUGGUUGGGUUGUAGGUGGUGGUUGACUUGUGGGAGGGGAUGAUGCUACCGUUGGUGGUUGUGUUGCUGCCGGUGGUGUGCCAGAAGUUGGGGAAGUUGCAGCUGGGGUUGUUGGUGGAGUGCCAGAAGAUGGGGAAGUUGCAGCUGGGGUUGUAGGAGGCAACUUUGCUGGUGUUGUUGCUGGUGCUUGGGCAUUGGAAGCUAGGAGGCAGCAGAAGCUUACCAAAACCAAAGCCCAUAACGUUGCAGCCAUUGUUUGUUUGGAUUUGGUGGAGACUGGAGGGAGUUUGCUUCUUAUUUAUGGUCUAUGACAAAGCAGAAGGUUGAAAUGUAUGGAUUAUCUGUGAAAGGAGGGAUGUAGCCUUCAUGUGAUUGUGACAUCACCCUUAAUCAUCUAACAAGGAACGUUUAACAAUUAGCUUCAUUUGCAUUAAGGGCCCUGACAUCUUAUAUACUUUAUUUCUAGACUUAAUACCAAAUCCCUUCAAAGUUUAUAUUAUGGUUAGGGCCUAACUUGUAUUUUAAGCAGACCUAAUUGUCAUAUUUACGAAGGUAAAGGUUGGGUGGAUGGAGGGUGGUGCAAGGCAGAAGGAAUAAAAGGCUUCAUGCAAAUGAGGACAUUAUUUCAC